CAUUCCACCAUAUAAAUUCCACUCAUUGUAUUUGUUGCUUAAAGCUGGCCUUCUUCUUUUAUCCUCGCCUUAGAGACUCCGUCUUCUUAAGAAGAACGAAGAAAGAAAUUCUAAGAUCAGAUAGAGGAAGAGAAUAUGAAUUUUAUUUUUUAAAUUCCAGACUAUCUAUUUCAUCGACGAUAGAUAUACAUACGCUCAUCUUAUGUGAUUAUGGACGGUGAAGAUGGCAUCCGACGGCCCAAUUUUCCAUUACAAUUGCUAGAGAGGAAGGAAGAAGACACAUGUUCUAGUUCGGGGUACCCUGCCACGUUGGCGAUCACGCCGGUGACGGCUGGGAUCCGAUCGAAUUCCGGUCUGGAGAUCGCCGAGACAUCCAAGAAGCCGCCUCCGAAGCGGACGUCUACCAAAGACAGGCAUACGAAGGUUGACGGCCGAGGCCGGCGCAUCCGCAUGCCAGCCACGUGCGCUGCGAGAGUCUUUCAGCUGACUCGGGAGCUGGGGCACAAGACCGAUGGAGAGACGAUCGAGUGGCUGCUUCAGCAGGCGGAGCCGGCAGUGAUCGCAGCCACCGGAACAGGUACAAUUCCCGCGAAUUUCACGUCGCUGAACAUCUCUCUACGUAGCUCCGGCUCCAGCAUGUCGGCGCCGCUGAGGAGCACGUACUACAACCAUGCGCUAGCUGCCGCACCGCAGCUGAGGAUGAGGAGUGAGUGGGACCGCAGCGGCAUCGAUGAAUCCCAGCGUCGAAUUCUUUUCCCUGGAGUCGGGUUCUCAACGGACAGCACGUCCAGUCUCCUCAAUUUCCAUCAGAACGCCCUCAGCCAAACGCUGCAACCGUCCAAACACGAACUGCGCGAGCCGUGCUUAGACAUGUCGGACCUGGACGCUGGUGACAACAAGAAGCGCCGUUCGGAUCAUGACCCACAGCAGCAACAACAUCAGAUGGGGAAUUACAUGUUGCAACCGACGUCUGGCCAGGCCGGACCCACGGCAGGCCAUGGCCAAAUGCCAGGAACGUUUUGGAUGGUCACUAACCCUAACAACCAAGGAAUGAGUGGUGAUCCCAUAUGGACAUUUCCUUCAGUAGGUAACACAACCAUGUAUAGAGGUUCCAUGUCUAGUGGCCUACAUUUCAUGAACUUCCCCACACCAAUGGCUCUACUGUCUAGCCAGCAGCUGGGCCCCACUGUUGGUGGGACCAAUGAGGGACACUUGGGCAUGAUCGCCGCGUUGAAUGCCUACCGUUCAUUUACUGGCGCAGGCAGUGCUGGGUCUGAUCCAACAUCGGCCACUGGGUCUCACCAACAUCACAGUGGGGACGAUCGGCACGACACGACCAGUCAGUAACUGAACCUGAAUCUACACGUCUGCGUCGACGGUCUCGAUCGUUCCUUCUGAUAUAUCUACGCUUGCCAUGACACACACACGUGUGGUUUGCUUGCCCUAAUUUCAAGUUGAAUGGAUCAUUUUUGUGUAUGUGUGUGUUUGGGUGUUUGGGGAGAGGGGUUUCCGGGAUUUGAGAAUGGGAAUUUGGAACGGAUACUGAUGGAUUGGAUAGGGUUUGCUGUGGUAUGGUGGUGACCUUUCAUUAACACACAUGUUUAUCAUACUAUAUUGUAUUUUUAUUUGUUUUUGUUGCUUGCUUUGAAAGGUUGCUUCUAGGAUAUACUUGGCUGUUUGGCUAGCUUACGUCGACUGUUGUCCUGGACAAGCUAGUCCUUGUUUGGACGUCCCGCCCACGAUUUCCCAGCGCCCCGGAAUUCAGUACUAGUUUGUUUCCCAAUAUCUAUGAAUCAGAUCGGAGAAGGCAGUCCGGACAAUGGCGCACUGUUCCAUCGACAUUUUAGUGGUGUGGCCAAACACACACACAAAAGCACAAAAAUGUGGAUUAAAUCAUUUGUGGAUCUUCCCAUUCAUGGAUUAGUGGGCAUCCAAACACGGCCAUGGUUUAUGUUUCAAAUGUUUUAUUUUAUUUUAUUUUAAUUUUCCUUUGAAGACUGAGAUUGAUAAGUUGUAUUAUUUUUUCCUUGGAUUUCUUCAAGCUGAGGUACAUUCUCAAUUUUUCAUUUU